AUGGCGGACAGCGCUGCGCUCCGCGAGGGUCAACUGCCCCAGCUGGUCACGAAGGGCGUUGACAUGAGUCCGGAACGGAUCAGUUUUGCGAUUGAAGUAGCGAAGAAAGGCUACAUUUCGCUGCUCAAGAACGACCUGAAAUACUGGCAAGAAGUCGCGCAGAUGCUGAAAGAAGAACUCGACGCAGCCUUCGAAGGGACGUGGCACGUGAUCGUGGGUCAGCACUUUGGGGCGUUUGUGACUCACGAAGCUCGCCAAAUGAUCUACUUCGCAAUUGGCCAAGUCAACUUCCUCAUCUACAAACACGGAUAG